GGCGCCGAGCCACCUUUUCCUAUGUUUAUGUUUGUUGUUCCUUGUCUGACUCCACCAGAGCGGGAAACUGAGAUUUUGUUGACCGAUAUAUCUCCAACACAGAGGACAUGUUCAUAGAAGGCAUUCAUUUCUUAAAUGAAUUAACGUAGCACAGCAGGCUAUUAGCUGGUUCCAAAGAUGGGACUCUUUGUAAGGCAAUUUGUAACUCAUUGUUGAGUAGUGAGCUCUGUAUGAAUGUUAACUUAAAACUAAAAUGAGGCAUUGUACCUUCUGUUGAGUGAAAACCUUUGACUUUUACUGAACUUCACUCCAUGGAAGGUAGCAAAGGGUUGCUAAUGGAAUCUCCUGUGAUCAUUGUGUGUCCAGGCUCAGAGUGCAUAACUGAGACCACGGCUCACCAACUGCAGGCUCCAGCUUAUCUGCGCCCAUGCUUCCUCACUUAGUCUGAGAAGACCCAUUCUAAGGCUCCAGGAGGAGAUCUCCAUCCUUUUUACAGAGCAGAACAGGAUGGCUGUGUCUCAGGAAUCACUGACUUUCAAGGAUGUGUUUGUGGACUUCACCCUGGAGGAAUGGCAGCAACUGGACUCUGCUCAGAAGAACCUCUACAGGGAUGUCAUGCUUGAGAACUACAGCCACUUGGUGUCUGUGGGGUAUUUAGUCACCAAACCAGAUGGGAUCUUCAGGUUGGGACCAGGAGAAGAGUCCUGGGUGACAAACAGAGAAACCCCAAUGCGGAGCUGUCCAGAAGUCUGGCAAGUUGAUGAGCAGAUAGAUUGCUACAAGAAAAGCCAAGACAGACCUCUGUGGCAAGCUGCAUUCAUAGACAAGGCAACGCUGAAAGAUGAAAGUGGUCAUAGAAAAACCAUUUAUCUGAGCCCAGACUUUGUUUCUAUAAGACAAAGACUCCCCAAAUAUUAUUCAUGAGGAAGGUGUUCAAAAUAUAAUUUAAACUUCCUUAGUCAAAAUAGAAAGAAAGAGGACAUAUUGGAAAUUAUGCCUCCAUCUUAAUCAUCAUAAAGCUCAGCCUGCAAAGAACAUUUUGAACCCUAAUCAACAAGGAAAAGCCUUCCACCCUAAGUGAGCCCCUGAUAAAGGAAUUUAGAUUGGGGAGAAACUCUAUGAAUGUACUGAAUGUGGAAAAGUGUUUAUCCAGAAAGCAAACCUUGUUGUAUAUUGGAGAAUUAUUAAUGCUGUGAAUGUGCAAAAGCCUUCAGCCAGAAGUCAACCCUCAUAGCACACCAGAGAACUCAUACAGGGGAGAAGCCUAAUAGGUGCGGUGAAUGUGGGAAGACCUUUAUCCAGAAGGUAUUACUCACUAAACAUCAGAAAAUUCAUAUAAGAGAGAGACCUUAUAAAUUCUGUGACUGUGAGAAAGGUUUCUGCAAGACGUCAAUUCUCAUUAAACUUCAGAGGAUUCAGACAGGGGAGAAACCUUGUGAAUGCAAUGAAUGUGGAAAAUCUUCCAGUGUGAAAUCAAGUUUUGCUGUACCUGACAGAACUCGUUCAGGAAAGAAACACUAUGAAUGCAGAGACUGUGGAAAAACCUUUGGUGGGAAAACAUCUCUCAUUAAACAGAGAAGACAUUUCAAAAGAUAAAACUUAAAAUCUAUGAUAAACCUUCAAGUGGGAUAACUAUGUCCAACAUUUACAGAAUAGUGCUCCUGUACCUAGUUUCCCUUUCCAUGGUUUUAGUUACCCAUAAUCUAAAAAUAUUAAAUGGAAGAUUCCAGAAAUAAUUCAUAAGUUUUAAAUUGUAUACCAUUCUGAGCAGUGUAAUGAAAUCUUAAACAUCUUGGUCCAUCCUACCCGGAUGUGAAUCAUUCAUUUGUCCAACAUAUCCAUGCUGUAUGCCCUGUCUGCUUAUUAGUCACUUGGUGGUUAUCUCAGUUAUCAGAUCGAUUAUCAUGGCAUCACGGUACUUAUAUUCACAUCACCCUUAAUGGAACCAAAGCAGAGGAGUAGUGAUGCUGAUGAUCUGCAUAUGCCAAAGAGAAGCCAUAAAGUGCUUCCUCAAAGUGAAAAUGUGAAAGUUCUUUACUUCCAGGAAAAAAAAUUUAUAUGCUUAGAAUGCUAAGAUGGUAAGAAUGAAUCUACCCAUGAAAUUAUGAAGAAGGAAAAAGAAAAUUGUGUGCUUGUUUUGCUGUCACACCUCAAACUGCAAACGUUGUGGCUACAGCACAUGAGAAUUGCUUAGUUAAAUGAAAAAAGGCAUGAAAUUUGUAGAUGGAAGACAUGGAUAGAAACAUCUUCCAACUGAUAGCAGUCAGAUUCAGUGUUAUCCACAGUUUCAGGCAUCUACUGGUGAUCUUGGAACAUAUCCCUAAAGGGGACUACUAUGCAUUGUUAUACUGUAUCAAAGAAUUCACUGAGUAGUCAUGUAAAUCUAUUAAUAUACAUCAGAAAGCCUUCAGAUAUCACUUAGCCUUCAUUAGAUUUAAAAAUCAAAGUUAUAAUAUU